UUACAACCGCAAAUUGCCAAAUUAUACCCACCGGUGCAAUUUCCAGUUAGCCGAGGGACUCCUAUGAUUUCUCCGUCAAUUAGAUGGGAUCAUUUUGAAAAUUGGAUUGUACCGAGUCAAGGACAAGAGUUUAUUGAAUCCAAAGGAAGAUAUGUCAAAGUUUCGCUCGAGGACGAAGACUAUGAAUAUAUGAGCGGUCAUGUAAUCGAUGGAAGAAAUUUGUUACCCGCGACAGGUUAUUUGGGACUAGUUUGGAAAACAUUUGGCAUGAUGAAAGGAUUGAUGUACACAACAAUACCGAUAGUUUUUUGUGAUGUAAAAUUUAUUCGUGCUACCCAUUUGUCGAAAAAUGAUGAUGUAGAACUAUAUAUUUCAAUACAGACAGAUGGAAAGUUUGAAAUAACCGAAGGAGAUAGCGUCGUUGUCACGGGUACAGUGUACGAAACAUUGAAUCCAGAACAGGAAAUGAUUGCGAUAAAUCCAUUAUCAGGGGACAGUGAUGAAGAUGAAGUCAUGACAUUAAGAGAUAUAUAUAAGGAGUUGAAAUUACGAGGAUAUCAGUAUAAAGGCUUAUUCCGUGGACUAAAAAGUGCCUCGAUUUCGGGAACCCAAGGUCAUAUCGCAUGGAAAAAUAAUUGGGAAACAUUUAUGGAUGCAAUGUUACAGAUGCUAAUUAUCGGAUAUGAUACAAGGGAUUUGUGUGUUCCAACGGGUAUUCAAAAAUUAGUAAUCAACCCAGUGCUUCACGCUUCGAAGCUGCGAAGUAACAAAGAUAAUUCAGAAGUUACAACAAAUAUGGAUAAAUUAUUACAGGUACGAAUAUGCAAAGAGACUGACACGAUAAAAGCUGGCGGAGUACAGAUUCGAGGCCUUAAAGCUACUCAGAUCUCUCGACGGAAAUCAGCACAAGAUGCUGUUAUCGAGGAAAAUACGUUUGUAGCACAUUGUGAUCGCGCUAAGAUUCCUUUGAAGGAAGCAAUUCGAAUAUCAGCUCAACUCGUACUGGAAGAUCAUCAAAUUAUUAAAGUGCAAGUCGCUGAACUAGUGGAAGAAGUCGAUGAUGUUGAAUUAGAGUGUCUUUCAUCUUCGUUGCUUUUAGAGGCAUUUGGUGAUAUACCACUUAUACAAGUGAAUAUCGCACUAUUAACGUCAUCAAAUCGUUUCAAGCAAGAAGAUUUACCACAAAAUUUUGCAAUCAAAGAUCUUAAAAAACCAGCUUUGGAUGAAAAAGCUUUAAUUGUUGCUGGAUUCAACCUAUUGACCAAACAACACGAAUUGUUAGAGAGACUGUUACCAUUUUUGAGAGACAGUGGUUACGUGCUGACGCGUGAGAAAUGCGACAUAACUGAUUGUCAAAAAUAUAUACAGCAAUACGAAUUAAACCUUAUUCUCGAAAAACGCACUGAUACAGAACUAAUUUUGCUUCUGAAAAAAAAAGUAUUCAUAAGAGAUAGAAUAGUUGUUCACAUAAGUAACGAUAAUUUUAAUUGGCUGGAGAAUCUAAAGACGCUCGUGAGCGACGAGAACAAACUUAAUAGAAACAAUAGAAUUAUAAUUGUUGGAGAGAAAAAUUUUGAGUGCGGUUUAUUGGGUUUUCUUAAUUGCUUGAAAAAAGAGCCAGGUGGAGAACUCGUUAGGGGUGUGUUCGUUCAAGAUGAAGAUGCCCCUAAAUUCUCUCUUCAAGACCCUUUCUAUCUAGAGCAACUACAAAAAGACAUGACCAUUAAUGUCUUGCGAUCUAAAAAAAAUUGGGGAUCGUACAGACACAUAAAAUUGCCACCAGUGGAAGUGCAACCUGUACGAACAGCUCAUGUCUGCCAAACGGUUCGUGGUGAUUUAAAUACAUUUUGUUGGAUAGAGAAUAAUAUAUUAGGCAUGUCUCGAUGUGAAGACUUGGUGCACGUGAUUUACUCAUCCCUGAAUUUUAAAGACGUAAUGCUCGCCACUGGUAAAUUAACAAUGCAAGAGACUAUUUCACAAGGACGUUUAUUUCAGUAUCUUCCACUAGGAAUGGAGUAUGUGGGUUUCGAUGCUUACGGACAACGUGUAAUGGGAAUCCGUGAUACUGAUUGCAUAGCAAACGUUGUUGAAAAGGAUGAAUGUCUUUUUUGGAAAGUACCCGAUGAGUGGACAUUCGAAGAAGCAGUAACGGUCCCAUGCGUUUACACCACAAUUUAUUUCGCCUUAUACUAUUACGGAAAAAUGAAAAAAGGUGAUAAAGUACUUAUACAUUCUGGUACUGGAGGCAUUGGACAAGCAGCUAUUCAUGUCGCUCUUAAAGAGGGAUGUGACGUGUUUACUACCGUCGGCACAAGUGACAAACGAAACUUUAUUAAGAAAAUAUUUCCGAUCAUUCCGGAUGAACAUAUUGGAAAUUCACGAGAUACAAGUUUUGAACAAAUGAUUAUGCGACAAACGAAAGGUCGCGGCGUCGAUAUC